AUGUCAUCAUCCAAUCGAGCUGCCAUGGCAAAAACACUCCCUCACCAUGUCAUCAUCCAAUCAAACGACAACAAUAGGUACGCGCGCUUCGACAGUGGGAAUCAAUUAUUACCUAAUGCCCUCCGGUUUGAGGGAGAGUAUAGUUUCGGGAUCGAAACAAGAUUCGAAGUAGUCCCUGCUACCACAACCACUGCAACUGGAUUCGUCCAUAUCCGGUGUUUGCAGAACAACAAGUACUGGUCAAAUUCCGGUUAUUGGGUCACUGCUACAGCCGUCAAACCUGAAGAGGAUACGUCUAACAAAAAUUGCACGCUCUUCCAGCCUGUUUUCUUGAAACUCAACGACAACAACCACCAUGUCGUUAAGCUCCGGCAUGCAAAUACCGGCAACUUGGUCAGGAAUCUCAGGAUGCAUAACGAUAAGAAUGAUUAUAACGGCUGUUUGACUUUAGGGCCUAAACUGCUGCAACCAGACGACGACAACACUGAUGUGUGCACCUUCAUCGACUGGGAAUCUGUCGUCAUGUUGCCCGACGUUAUCCGGAUCAAGGGUGACAAUGGAAACCACUUGAGGGCCUACGCCGAUGGGUUUAUGGACUUCCAAAGCAAAGCCGAUAAUUCCUCAAUGUAUGACUAUGAGGUGUCUCCAACUCGUGACGGAGGCAUACGCCUGAAGAAUACUCAUUUUGGAACCUACUGGACGGAUAUGGAUUCUGUUUGUUUUGUACGGUUACAGAAGGCUGACCACGAAGACCAUGAUACAAAGACCAUCUUUUUACCGGUCAAAUUUGAUGGCAACCGCAUCCGCAUACGAAGUUUCAAGAACGGGAAUUUUUGCAAGAGAUAUGAUGCAAGCUACUGGAGUUAUUCUAACAAGACCUGCCUCGCCACAACUUAUAAAUAUGGGGAGCAGCCGUGCCACAUGGAGAUCGAGGAGCCUGUUUUAGCAAGGACCAUCUCUAAUGUCAUAUAUCAACUUACUAGUGCAAGGAUUUACGAUGAGAGAACUGACGCACUUAUUACCGACGAUUCAAGAAACAAAACUCUGCAUCCCCAGACGUCAGAAGUAAAUCUUAAGACGACAGUUACCAAUACAACGAAUUGGAGAACCAGUGUGUCGAUCAAACAAGGUGUCAAGAUGACUGGUACCUAUGGUGUUCCAAAGGUAAACUCUGGUUCCUUAGAGAUUUCCAGGGAGGCUACAAAAUCUUGGAAUCAGGAAAAAACGGAGACAGAAAUCAUCGAAGUUGGGUGUGUGCGAACUGUCACUGUACCACCGAUGAGUAGAGUGAAGACGAGUCUAAUGGCGACACGGUGUUCGUAUGACAUACCCUUCUCGUACACUCAGCGUGACGUUCUGAUGAACGGGAAUACAAGAGUUUGUACAAAGAACGAUGGCCUUUUUAAGGGCGAGAGUGGGUACAACUAUAACUACGAGAUGGAUGAGCUUUCUCUCUAG